AUGAGGCUUCAUCCGUGUUUCGUCCGGAAGCGGGUGCGGUUCGACCGGGCGGCCGAGUUCCUGGCAGCCUGCGCCAGCGGGGACACGGAGGAGGCCGGGGUGAUGCUGGAGGAGGCCGAGGACGCCAGCAGGGGGGGGGGCGACCCCGGGCCGGACAUCGCCUGCAUAGACGGCAGCAUGGAGAUCGUGACCUUCCUCCUGGACCACGGCGCCGACGUGAACCAGGUGGACAGCGAGGGCUGGACGCCGCUGCAUGUGGCCUCCUCCUGCGGAUACCCCGACAUCGCCAAAUUCCUCCUGCAGCAGGGAGCGUCUCUCUCUGCCGUGAACUGUGACGGAGACGUUCCUCUGGACAUCGCCCCGGACGAGUCCACCGAGUCCGUCCUGCAGGAUUACACGCUGAAGCAGGGUGUGGAUCUGGAGGCCGCUAAGCGUCGGGAGGAGGAGCAGAUCAUGACGGACGCCCGGACAUGGCUGACCGACGGUCUCCCGGCCGACGUCCGGCACCCGAAGACCGGUGCCAGCCCGCUGCACGGCGAGGCCUGCCGCAUCCUGGCCGAGCAGCUGUGCAACAUGGAGGCGCGCAGCAACGGGGGCCAGACGCCGUUCGAUGUGGCCGACGAGAGCGUGGAGGAGCUUCUGGAGGAACUACUCCGGGCUGGACACGUUGGAGCCCUCUGGGUGGAGAAGAGGAGAAGCAGGUUUAGUGGGCAGUUGGCAGCGAGAGCUCUGCGCGUGGCCGUUAGCCCGGCCGACUGA